UCCAUUUCUUGGAAGGUAUCUCUCUGUGUCUGUCUCUCUCUCUCUCUCUCUCUCUCUCAGCUGUUUCCAAGAGUUGGACUAAACUAAACUUGGUAUUGUCAAUAUUAAUUCCUGCACUCAGGCCGAGGCCAGUGCCAGUGCCAGAGCCAACGCCAUACAGGUGGCCGGUGGGCUGUAGGCUAUAGCCAGAGUUGAGUUGAAAACUUUCACGCUUAUUCCUACUUGUCAUAUCCCAUUCUCCUACCUACAAUGCUCGAAGUCCUCAACCGGAACCUCCGCCGCCUCUGCUCCCGUCUCCGCUGUCCCCUUCGCCGCAGAACCAGACCUAGAGUUGUCUUCAAUGUCAUCAACAAGUUUGGAAAAACCACCUCCAAAACAGAGCCCAACUCCAUCGUUAAUGGGUCGUCGUCGUCGUCGUCGUCGGUGGUUCAUCCCAAUUCCAAUGCUCAAUUUGACGGUCACAGAGAUCAGAGACCGAUACGGAUUGCAACAUUUAAUGCUGCCUCCUUCUGCAUGGCACCUGCUGUUCCAUACGCCCAAAAAUCUUCCCAACGGAAUUUAGAUUCCAAUCUGCGGACUAAAUCCGGAAACGAUCGCCCGAAAAGCAUUCUGAAACAGUCCCCAUUCGGAGAUCAGAGCCUGUCCAAGUCGAAGGCGAAACCCAAGCAGCGGGUUUCGAUCAACUUGCCGGAUAACGAGAUAUCUCUUCUCAGAAAUCGACAGGCGAGCUUUAGUGAGUACGAAAUGGAGAAGGAGAACCCUUGUUGUUCAAGUUACAGAUGCAGUCGGACGGCGUUGGAGGUGCUGAGAGAGUUGGAUGCUGACAUAUUGGCGCUGCAGGAUGUGAAGGCGGAGGAGGAGAAAGGCAUGAGUCCGCUUUCGGAUUUGGCGGAUGCUUUGGGAAUGAACUACGUGUUUGCAGACAGCUGGGCGCCGGAGUAUGGAAAUGCGGUGUUGUCCAGGUGGCCCAUCAAACGCUGGAAAGUUGACAAGAUUUUCGACCACACCGAUUUCAGGAAUGUGUUAAAAGCUACGAUUGAUGUGGCACAAGUAGGAGAGGUGAAUGUGCAGUGUACCCAUUUAGAUCAUCUGGACGAGAAUUGGAGGAUGAAACAGAUCAAAUCCAUAAUCCGAUCAAGCAACAAGGAUCCCCACCCCCACAUCUUAUUAGGAGGCCUCAAUUCCCUGGAUCCCACCGAUUACUCUCAACAGAGGUGGACGGACAUCGUGAAGUAUUACGAAGAGAUAGGGAAGCCAAGUCCGGAAGGUGAAGUGAUGAAGUUUCUGAAGAGCAGCAUGCAAUAUAGGGACGCGAAAGAGUUCAGUGGAGAAUGCGAGUCGGUGGUGAUGAUAGCCAAGGGUCAAAGUGUUCAAGGGACUUGCAAGUACGGAACGCGAGUGGACUACAUACUGGCGUCUUCCAACGCAGACGCAGAAGCAGAAUACGAGUUUGUACAAGGAUCCUACUCCGUCAUUUCCUCCCAAGGAACCUCCGACCAUCACAUUGUCAAGGUCGAUUUCCUCAAACCUCAACCUCACUUCCACUCUUCUCCAUCACAUUCACAACGCACCUUCUUUCAUUAAUUUCUUCGACCCUUUGAUUUUCUAUGUAUUUCCAUUUUCCUGUUCCUAUUACCAAUCAAACUCGUCAUUUGCUCCUC